AUGGAGGAACAAAGCGAGUUGCCGUGGUUUCGGCAGCACGCCGACAGCAACAGCCCGUAUUUCAGGAUGCCUGGCCUCAGGCCUUCCGGGCCGCCCAGCAUGUCAUUGACUCACAAGAAGUCGGGCAUCGCCCCAAACGUGCCCCUGCGGAGGUCUUCUCUGCACAAGUCCACCACAGCUUACGACGAGGGCGACGACACCCGUGACGAAGAAUGGUCACCAGAGCUUGUCACCGCCCGGCACAAGCGGCAAACCCCUCCAUCGCCUAUCCUCGGCCACGAGCCACGGCCAGGAAAGCGCCUGGCGUCCGCCGAGAAGCUGCAGGCCACAGUGUCGAGUUCUGACCAGUCACCUGCCGGUGGCCGCCCAACUGCAGGUGAGCGACAGGUCACCAAUGUCGCUGGGCAGAAGGAUUCACAGGCAUUCGCUGCCCAUCCGCUACCUAGUCCGGCACAAAGCAGCACACCGGUCGCAGCAGCGACAGCACCAGCACCAGCACCAGCCCCAGCCCCAGCCCCAGAGACAUCAAAUGUCUUGGCGCUCGAGGCCAAAAUCAAAGAUCUCGAGCUCAAGCUCUGCAGAGCCAAGGGUAUCGACCUCUUCCAAGUGAAGAACAAGCUCGUCUGGACUAUGCAAGAGCUCGACAAGGUCAAGGACGCCAACGACAAGCUGCGAGCAUCACAGAGGCGAACCGACACGUCGUGGCACAUCGUCCAAACCAUAUUCCCGCAAGUUGGGCUCCUUCUGAGAGCCGACCCAGCCAAAGUGAAUGAGCUAUAUGACCGGUGCAAGGCGCAACAGGCGCAAGUGGCAGCUCCGCGACAGCAGCUUGGUCGUCCCUUACAGGUUGCGGGAGACGCCCCUAAAAAUAAUAAUCCGGUCGGUGCUGCGCAGCCUGAGGCCCAGGCACAUGGAUCUGCCCAGACACCUCCUGUGAGCAGGCCGGCUGGUUCGCUAUUCACUGGGCAGUGGAAGAGCAUUGAAACUGCGGCCCUUCCGCAGCACCAAUCCGCCAGUCUGGCCACGCCGACAGCUAAGAAUGUCGCGAACGACGGCCAUGUCGUGAAUGCUGGGGAGAACUUGCUCUCCAGAAUUCAUCAGGUGCUCAUCGGGACUCCAGACGGCUCCUCACUGCUUGAGAUCGACGGUCGCAAACGUCGUCGUCGUUACGGACGAAAGCAAAGCGACUCCGCGCAGAGCACCCAGCCCGAAACGGACACAGCAGUAGAAACCUCGUCAACUAUUCCAGCUCCCGAGAAGCAGCAAUCAGGCAAGCCGGGCAGUACAUCAGGAGCCAGCGAUCCUCCAGCUGGCCCUGCAGACGACUUGUCCGAUCUCAUCGCACAGCUCAACGCCCAGCCAGACCAGAUCAUCCAGCCCCUUUCGGCGGACUCUCCCAAUGCGCCACCAGAAUCAGGCACCAAUCAAAGUCACGACGCGGAUCCUACAGCGACCCCAAGCUUCGCCGACUCCCUCAGCACCAACGCCCCUACCGAGGACGUACAGCCCGCGACCAACAAACCAGCCUCAACGACGGCCGCUACUGUCGUCGUCGAGGCCCUCCGCGCAGAGAACGCCGACUUGCUCGAGCAGAACAAGCAGCUCCAGCGCCGCGUGCGGGUACUCCUGAACCAGCAGACCGGCUGUGGGCUUCCGAGUUGA